AUGUCACCUCCUGGCAGUGAUGUCACUCUCAGCUGCUCUUUCUCCGAUAAAGCGGGGGCUGAUCUCAGCAGAUUGGUGGUUACCUGGCAACGCCCUCCUGUCGAUCAUGUCGUCCACAGUUUCUAUUACGGUCGAGACCAGCUGGAUUGGCAGAAUGAAACCUACAGGAAUCGGACCCAGCUGUUCCCAGAGCAGCUCAGUGUUGGGAACGCCUCCCUCAGACUGAAACAGGUGCGGGGGAGGAUGAGGGCUGCCCCUUACAGUGAGCCGCGGUUAGCCAUUUUCCUGACUAGCCCCGGUGAUCAUGUGACCCUGAUUGUCAAGGUGGCGGACGGUUAUCCCCGGCCCACACUGCUGUGGCUGAAUGCGGCAGGAAGUGACAUCACAAACCAGAGCCGCACCACCCAGUCUUUGGAUAGCAGGGGGCUGUACCAGAUCUGGAGCGAGCUGGAUGCGGUGGUGAAUGAAGCAGAGACCUUCACCUUUGAGCUGGAUCACUCCGUGAUGGAGCAGAGAGUGAGGCAAGCCGUCACCCUGCACCCAAACACAGGCUUUCAUAUUGAGCAGAGAAGCCGGCUGCCCGUCACAUUCUCACUGCUGCUUGUGUUGCUGCUGUUGAUCGGCGUGUUUCUUUAUGGAUCUGGACCAGCUGUGACAGAUUGA